GAUGAAACAGAACAUACCUUCCAGAUUCUGGUGAGAUGUGUAGAAAUCCUUAGGACCAAGAACUGGUAGUUGAGAAGCUAAGCAGGUGGAAAAAUAAGGAAGAUACAAAUAUUGGACAGCAGAGCAAGAAUCUGUACACAUACACGUAAGAGAAGAAAAAAAUGUCAGAUGAUAUCAGGAAAAGGUUUGAAUUUCCAAAUUCUCUUAUCCAGUCACAGGCCGUGGGUCAUCUUAUUGCUGCAGUUCUAAAGGAAAAUGGUUUUUCAGAAAAGAUUCAUCAAUCCACAGAUCAGACUCCUGCUUUGAACUUGCUGUGGGAGAAGUGUUGCAGUGAUAAUGUCGUGGUUCGGACAGCCUGCUGUGAGGGUCUGGUGGCACUUGUUAUGCAGGAUCAGGCGGAGUUCAGCUAUGUUCUCAAUGGGAUACUCAACCUAAUUCCAUCGACCAGGAAUACACAUGGUUUGAUAAAGGCCAUUGUGAAAUUGUUACAAAUGCAAGCUGUUAAGGAAGGACAAGCCGGGGAGAAGAAUAUUCAGAAUAUAUAUUCUGUUAGACAUCAUCCUCAGCCUUUGAUCACUGUGCUUGAACACAGACCUGAUUGCUGGCCAGUACUUUUGCAGCAGCUGACAGCAUUUUUCCUGCAGUGCCCUGAAAGGUCAGAAGUUUCCUGCAUCAAAAUAAUGACACCAUUUCUAUGCCAUCUAUAUUGCAGACCAUCCCAGUUACAAGAAUAUGCUAAACUUUGACUAGCCCUGCUAAAAGUCUUACUUCAACCCUGGGUUCCAUGUGACAAAGAACAGCCAUUGGUAUUGGAACAACAGAUACUUCAGUUGUGUUGUGACAUGGUUCCAUGUUUGCAGGUAAGGCCUUCCAUCCUCCUCCCCUAAGACAUGCUGUCUAUUGAGGAAGUUUAUUUAAGCCUUUCAUGUCAUCCUGUUUUCUGAAAAAUUCAGCUGACCCUUGAACUGCUGUGUGUUUCUGAAGUCAGCUUAAAGAUAACCAGGAAAUGCUCAUCUUUAAUUCACCUUUUGGAGAACAGUGUUGAACUUCUGAAGAAAGAUUUUCCCAUUGAACCGGUCAUAAUUGGAAUGGCUUCACUACUUCUACAGACUCCAGCAAGUCAGCAGAAGCCAAUCUUGAGUCUAGCUUUGAAGCUCCUCUCUUUUGCUGAGUGUCAAAAAAUUCCAAAGUCAUCCUUGCUGCUAGUAAUGCCAGUUCUGCAGAUAUUAUCUUUUACUGCCUUGGACAACUGCAUAUCCAUAGAUGAAGAUGUUCCCUCGAGGCAGCAGUUGGCUCUGAAACUUUUGGAAAUGGUACAGCAGGAGAGCUACAGAGACAACUGUCAACAGCUGUCCUGCAAGCUUGCGUUCCCCAUUACCAGCACAUAUGGCUCAAUAUUUACAACCUGGAGGAUCCUUGAAGUAUUGCGAGAAGAGUCUGCAGCGAGUGACUGGUUGGCUUCAGUCGAGUCCUUGCUCCCUAUUACUACAGUGAUCCCUGUGCACGUGUUUCUUCUGCUGGUUCACCUCCUUGUUGAAGAUAAAGGACAAAAUCUUCGCCAAAUACUGAAGGUCACUACAGAAUUAGCACAAGCAGAUUCCUCUCAGGUACCAACUUUGAUUCCAGUUUUGAUGUUCAAAUUGGGAAGACCACUGGAACCUGUAUUAUACAUUAAUAUCUUAUAUACUUUACCUACACUUGGUGUUCACAAGGUGUGCAUAGGACAAAUUCUACGAGUAAUCCAACUUCUUGGAACCACUCCACAGCUAAGAGCUGUCACUUUGCGCUUGUUGACAUCUUUGUGGGAAAAGCAGGAUCGCGUCUAUCCUGAACUGCUGCGGUUCAUGGCCAUGUCCGAUGUGCCCUCUCUGUCUGUGGGCAAGCAAGUCCAAUGGGAAAAACUGAUCUCUAAAGCAGCAUCCAUCAGAGACAUAUGCAAGCAAAGGCCGUAUCAGCAUGGCGCAGACAUGCUGGCCGCUGUUUCCCAGGUGUUGAAUGAAUGCACUAAGCCUGACCAAGCUACCCCAGCAGCCUUGGUGCUGCAAGGUCUUCAUGCACUCUGCCAAGCCGAGGUUGUUUGUAUUCGAUCCACUUGGAAUGCUCUCUCCCCAAAACUGAGUUGUGACACGAGACCUCUCAUACUGAAGACCCUCUGUGAACUGUUUUCUCUGGUUCCUUCCUUAACAGUCAAUACAGAUGAAUAUGAGAAUUUUAAGGUUCAAGUCCUCAGCUUCCUCUGGACUCACACUCAAAACAAGGACCCAGUUGUAGCAAAUGCUGCGUAUCAGUCUCUGUCUCACUUCAGUGCUGAAGAGCACACGGUUCUUCAUCUGCCUGAACAGAUAAGACCAGAAAUUCAUCUUCCUGAUGAGGUGGAUGAAGAUGAUGAGGGUGAUGAGAAGAGCAUGGAUCUGUCCAUUUCUGGCUCUUGCUACCUCAAGCUGUUGUCGCUCACCUCGCCUUUGGUUUUACCAGCUUUGGAGGAAUUUUUUACAUCGCUUGUGAAGCAAGAAAUGGUGAAUAUGCCCCGUGGGGUAUAUCACUUGGCAUUAAAAGGAGGUGCCCGCUCAGACCACGGAAAGACGGUAGCAGGAAUCCCCAAUUUUGUAUUGAAAAUGUAUGAAACAAACAAGCAACCGGGUUUGAAACCUGGCCUUGCAGGUGGCAUGUUAUUUUGUUAUGAUGUUUCAAUGUAUCAGAGUAAAGAUGGCAAACCUUUGAAUCGACUGAUGGCCAGUAGAGGGCGAAGUUUCAAGCAGACCUCACUUGCUCUAGUGCAUGAGGUCCACAUCCAGCUUUCAGAGUGGCACCGCGCCAUCUUCCUCCCGCAGGCCUGGCUGGCCUAUAUGAACCGAGCUUACCAUGCCAUUUUACAGGGAAGAAUAGCAGAGCUGGAGUUGCAGUUAAAACAUGGAAAAGAAGGCGCCGAGGAGGUGCAGUCCAAGAAGAGUACAGCCUGGCUCUGGGUUCGAGACAUGUUGACCGAUGAGAUCACCAAGUCAGCUGCAAAGGACAGCCCCGUGGCCAAAGGCAAUGCCCUGUUAGCCCUAAGCAGCCUUGCUGUGGUCGUAUCCAAACAUGAAGCCAGCCUCUCCUCAGACGCCGACGGGGCCCUGGAGGUUCAACCUAAUUUCCUUUCCAUGAAAGAUUGGGUUUCCAUGGUGUUUGAGACUCUCCUGGUCAUUGUGGAUAGCCACUACCAACCCAGAGGACGGCUUUUCUCCUGCUUUUAUUAUAAAUCCUAUUCUGGUGAAAACACAGCUAGUGCCAUCGCCCGCUCUGCAGCCGCCUCGGCUUUGUCUCUGCUUGUGCCAGUUUUCAUUAUCUGUUGCAAGGAGAAGGUGGAGGAAAUCCUGACCACGCUGACUGCCAGGUUACCUGGGAAACCGAGUGCUGAUGAGUCUCAAGCCGUGCAAAUCCACGUGGGCCUUGCUCUGGGGAUGUUUCUCUCUCGCUUGUGUGAGGAAAAACUCAGUGAUGUUUCUGGCCAACAGAUGAACCUGCUUCUGAUGAAGUCUUUAGAUGCCCUGGAAAACUGCUGCUUUGACACCAGUCUUGAGUACAACACGGGCAGUAUCCUGGGAGUUGGACUUGCUCUGUCCCUCAUGAGCCACAGCAGCCAAACGGAGUCGCGAGUUCACGUGGCAGUGUCUCUCCGGAAGCUCUCUGCGUACCUGGAGGACAGUGGGGACCAGAGCAGAACCUUUCAGGAGGUCCUUGCCUAUACCCUUAGCUGUGUGUGUACAGCAGCAUUCAGUACUGGAAUUAUUGAGGCUGCAGAGGCUGAAGAUAUUAUGAACAAGCUUCGACUGUUGGUAGAGAGCAACCAGCAGACUUCGGGUUUCGCCUUGGCAUUAGGAAACGUAGUUCAUGGUUUGUCUGUGUGUGGACAUGGAAAAGCUGAAGAUUUGGUCAACAGACUGCUCCCUGCCUGGAUCAGGACUGUUCUAACAGAGGGCACUCCCACAAUGCUUUGCUUGGCGGCUCUUCAUGGCAUGGUGGCCUUGGUAGGCUCAGAAGGGAAUGUAAUGCAGCUGAAGUCAGAAGCCACUCAGACCUCUCGUUUUCAAGCCAGACUUAACGAAGUCAUUAGGACCUUAACACAGGUCAUCAGUGUGUCUGGGGUGAUUGGUCUUCAGUCCAAUGCAAUCUGGCUUCUAGGACAUCUUCAUCUAUCUACUCUGUCCUCAAAUCAAAGUAGAACCUCCGUUCCUACUGACUAUAGCUAUUUGCCAGAAAGCAGUUUUAUUAGAGCAGCCGUUGACUUCUUUGUGAUGGGAGGAAAAAAAGGUCCUGAGUCUGUGCCUCCUUCCCUUCUCAAGGUAGUGAUGAAACCCAUGGCAGCAGUUGGCAAAAGCUACCAGUACCCUCCUGUGAACUGGGCUGCACUGCUCUCUCCACUCAUGAGGCUAAACUUUGGUGAAGAGAUACAGCAGCUGUGCCUUGAAAUUGUGGUGACUCAGGCGCAGUCGUCCCAGAACGCAGCUGCACUGUUGGGACUGUGGGUGACGCCCCCGCUGCUCCAUGGUCUUAGUCUGAAUAUCAAGAAAUACCUCCUGGUGUCUGCACCUCUGUGGGUCAAACAUGUCUCUGAGGAGCAGAUCCUGGGUUUUGUUGAAAACUUAAUGGUGGCAGUUUUUAAAGCAGCUCCCCCACUUUCCAAUCCUGAGUUAUGCCUGAGCGCCUUGCAGGGUCUGAGCCAGGCCAUGAAACUGCCCAGCCCUGCCCACCACCUCUGGAGUCUGCUCUGCGAAGCUACUGGGAAAAUUUUUGACCUUCUGCCAAAUAAGAUUCGGAGAAACGAUUUAGAGCUGUACACCAGUGUGGCCAAGUGCCUCUCGGAAAUGACAGAUGAUGAAGCCACGCGGACUGCCCCGGUUACUGAGAGCAGCAUAGAAAAGGCUGCCUUUGUCAGACUGUACUUGAUCUCUCAAGGACGGUUCCCCUUGAUGGGCUUGAAUGAUAUGCUCAGUGUCGCUGUUCAGCACCAUGAAAAAGACACACUGGCUUGGAUGAUCCUGCACAGCUUGUACCAGGCACGGAUUGUGAGCCAUGCCAACACAGGUGUGUUGAAGAGAAUGGAAUGGCUCUUGGAACUGAUGGGUUAUAUCAGAAAUAUUACUUACCAGUCCACAUCUGUUCGGAACGUGGCUCGUGAUGAGGCCUUGGACUUCUUGUUGCUGAUAUUCGCAACCGCGGUGGUUGCCUGGGCAGACCAUGCUGCCCCUCUCCUUCUCGGUCUCAGUGCCAGUUGGUUGCCAUGGCAUCAAGAAAACCCAACUGGGCCUACAUCAAGCUUCCUUGGCAGGAGUCCAGUGCACAGGGUCACUCUGCAGGAGGUUCUUACUCUCCUCCCCAGUAGCAUGCUUCUGCUGCUGCAGAAAGAGCCAUGGAAGGAACAGACCCAGAAGUUCAUUGACUGGCUAUUCAACCUCAUGGAAAGCCCUAAAGAAGGCCUCUCUGUAAAAUCCAGGGAUCUUUUAAAAGCCACCCUGCUGUCCUUACGAGUUCUCCCCGAGUUUAAGAAGAAAGCCGUAUGGACCAGAGCGUAUGGUUGGUGAAUAGCUCUGCCUAUCCAACUGCAUCUCAGCCGGAAUAGGAAAAGCACACCAGUGGAAGAAAUGUUUCAGAAUUUGUGUCUGGGAUCACUGAGACACAAUGCGGAGAGUUGAGGGUCAUGACUGGGUGGCAGGUAACUGACAUUCUGAACCAUGAAUGCCAGGAGAGGGGGUGCUGCCUCCGCACCCAGGCCUGCGAGACUGAAACGAGAACUUGAACUUUCUUUUAUUUGGCCACAGUUCAAUCUGAAGAUCUUCUUUGUGAAAUUUUGACUAUAUCAUUUCCUCCCCCACAGAAGUCUAGUAAAAUAAUCUCAUAAAUUU